AGAGUGGGCCCGGCCGCCCCGCGGAGAGGAGCAGCGCGCGCGCACCGCCGCUGAGCGCUCGUCGCCCGCUCGGCCGCCACUCACCCCCUGUCCUGUGACGGCGCUCAACACGGAGCGGCAUGCACUGCUGAAGUGAGCGCCGACUCGCAGGGGCAUCAUGGAGGUGACCAGCGCGCGACCGGCGCUGCUCGGGGCGCUGGCGAUAGUUUUGUGCGCCCUGACUGUUGUUGCCGACCCGCAAUACUCACUGAGCGGCCGGAACGACAACAUCGGGUACGGUUUCUACCAGUCUCGGCCAGGUCAGACGGACAUAGACCAGGACAUUGACCCAAGAACGGGCCGGCCGUGUGGCGCCGGCGGCUGCGGCGCCGGCGGCUGCAAAUGUGUCGGCGAAAAGGGCAGCCGGGGCCCUCCCGGAGUGCUGGGGCCCACUGGACCCAAGGGCCAGCAGGGUUUCCCCGGAAUGGAGGGCCUGCCCGGACCCAAGGGCAGCAAGGGCGACACCGGCCCGCAGGGCCCCAGAGGGCUCCAAGGAGACCGGGGUAAAAUGGGUCUGCCGGGAUUCCCCGGAAUUAACGGAAUUCCGGGUCUUCCGGGCGAACCGGGCCCACGCGGCUUCCCCGGACUGGACGGCUGCAAUGGCACUGACGGUUCCCCUGGAUUUCCGGGACCCCCAGGACCGGCUGGACCCCCUGGCUUUUCGGGAGUACCGGGACCAAAGGGUAACAAGGGAGACUCAGCGAUAAACCCUGGCCGGGCCAUCAAGGGCCAGAAGGGCGAGCCGGGUCGUGACGGGACUCGUGGGAUGCCCGGUCGGCCUGGCGCCGUCGGCGAGUCAGGAGAUAAGGGAGACAGAGGACCACGCGGACCCUCCGGCCUCCCCGGCUCCCCGGGCCUGCCGGGCAUGAAGGGCGCCAUGGGCCUCGGAUUUGAAGGCAAAGGUGGCCAGAAGGGAGAACCGGGCACGCCGGGCCAGCCGGGAAUAUGUCCUCCCUUCCAGGAGGGCAAUUGUACGAAUUUCGUCGGCCCGAGGGGUCUUCCCGGCCGAAAGGGAGAUCAGGGAGAUAAGGGCAUGAUCGGGAUGCCCGGCCCUCCCGGCGCUGACGGCUAUCCCGGCCCGCCUGGAGACCUGGGCAUGAAGGGAGAGAAGGGUCUGCAGGGUCUACCCGGUCCCAGGGGACGAGAUGGGCCAUACGGGCCGCCGGGACCUCAGGGCUUUAAGGGCGACAUUGGCGUGCCCGGCCUGGACGGCCGGCCCGGCCUGCCGGGUAGGAAGGGCGAUCCGGGGCCGGCCGGCCUGGAUGGCGUGCGUGGUCUGCCGGGACCGCAGGGUCCGCCCGGCGGUGGUCCCGGCGGUCCGCCAGGAGACCGCGGACCACGGGGCUUCCCCGGACCCGCCGGACCCAAGGGCGAGGACGGCCUGCCGGGUCUGCCGGGCUCCCGCGGACCCGAAGGCCCCCCAGGAGGUAUCGGUCUGCCGGGUCUGCCGGGCCCCGAAGGUAUGCCUGGCGUCAAGGGCAACAAGGGCGAGCGGGGCCUGGACGGCCUGCCGGGCCCGGUGGGACCUCCGGGCCUGCCCGGUCAGCGCGGCCCGCCCGGACGGCCCGGAACGCCCGGAGAAAAGGGCGCCUCCAUCCCGGGUCGGCCUGGUCUGGACGGUGACCCCGGCAUGGACGGUCUGCCCGGCCUGAAGGGUGAGCGCGGCUACACGGGACCUCCCGGCGCGCCCGGAGACACCAUCGACGGCAUUCCCGGCGAGACCGGCGAGCCCGGGCCGCGCGGAGAGAAGGGACGCGACGGUAUUCCUGGUCGGCCGGGCAGCCCCGGCCAGCCCGGCUUCAAGGGCGAGGAGGGCCGCCAGUGUGACCAGUGUCUCGAGUGUCCUGUCGGCGAGAAGGGAGAGCCGGGACUGGACGGUCUGCCGGGCGCGCGCGGACUGCGGGGACCCGAGGGGCCGCCCGGCCGGCCUGGCCAGCCAGGAGAGGAUGGUCCCCGCGGCCAGCCCGGACUGCCCGGGAAGGAGGGAGCGUCCGGCCAGGACGGUCUGCCCGGGCCGCCGGGACCCAAAGGUCUGGACGCUGUGGUGCCCCCGGACGUCACGCGAGGCCCCAAGGGAGACAAGGGCGACUACGGUCUGCCGGGUCUGCCGGGCCGCGAGGGCCGCGAGGGAGUACCGGGCCGUCCCGGCCAGCCCGGCCCGCCCGGCCUGCCUGGACUGAAGGGCGAUAAGGGAGCGCGCGGCUUCCCGGGCGACGCCGGCCGGGACGGCAUGCCGGGCCUGGACGGCCUGCCGGGACGCGACAUCAAGGGAGAGCCCGGAGAGCCCGGAGACAUGGGUCUGCCCGGAGAGAAGGGCAGCAGGGGCACCAGGGGACCGAAGGGAGAGCCAGGUCGCAUUGUUCCCCCCGGACAACAAAUCUUCAAGGGACUGCCGGGACCGAAGGGAGACCGCGGCCUGGACGGGCCGCCCGGCCGGCCCGGCCCCAAGGGAGACAAGGGCGACCGCGGACUGGACGGCCGGGAGGGCACUCCGGGCCCCAUCGGUCCCGCCGGACCCCCGGGACCGCGCGGUCUGCCCGGACCACGCGGCGACAAGGGCCUCAUGGGACUGGAGGGACUGCCCGGCUUCCCCGGCGAGGACGGGCUGCCUGGCCGGCCCGGCGAAGACGGACUUCCCGGCCUGAAGGGAGAGCCUGGUCUGCCAACGCCCGGCCCGGCCGGCCAGCCGGGCCUGCCCGGACUCAAGGGAGACCGCGGUCCGCCCGGCCAACCGGGCAGCCUCGGCCAGGACGGAGACAGAGGACUGCCCGGAUUCCCCGGAAUUAAGGGCGAGCCUGGACUGCCCGGACUGAACGGACUGGACGGCCGGCCCGGAGAGAAGGGAAGUCCCGGGUUCCCCGGUCCCGACGGCCUGCCCGGUCCGGCCGGCCCGCCCGGAGACGAUGGACCCAAGGGUGAGCCGGGUCUGCGCGGCGAGGACGGACGCUCCGGUCUGCCGGGCUUCCCCGGACCCAAGGGCAACGCCGGCCAGCCGGGCCUGCCCGGCAUGAAGGGAGAGACCGGCCGGGACGGAUUCGACGGUCCGCCCGGCACUCCGGGACAGGACGGCUCGCCCGGCCUGCCCGGAAUGAAGGGCGAUCCGGGCUUCCCGGGACCGGUGGGGCCGGCCGGAGAGCCCGGACUGCCCGGCAUCGACGGACUGCCGGGUCUGAAGGGCGACUCGGGCAGACCGGGCGUGCCCGGCCAGCCGGGGCAGCGCGGACUGCCCGGACUCAAAGGUGACACCGGUCUGCCGGGCUUCCCCGGACCCAAGGGCGAGCCGGGCCGCGUCUCCGAGAAGGGCGAGCGUGGUGAGCGCGGCCGGGACGGUGCGCGCGGUCCGCCCGGCCUGGACGGCCUGCCCGGCUCUCCCGGCCGGCCCGGCGAAAAGGGCCUGCCUGGGUUCGGCGCGCCGGGUCUACCCGGAGCGAAGGGCGAGCCCGGUCCGGCCGGUCUGCCCGGACUGGACGGCCGAGACGGACAGAAGGGAGAGGCUGGCCUGCCCGGCUUCCCAGGAAUGAAGGGAGACCGCGGUCCCUCCGGUCCGGAAGGCGCCCCGGGCCUACCUGGCCUGGACGGCACUCCUGGCUUCAAGGGCGACAUCGGCCCCAGCGGUCCGCCGGGACGCGACGGUCUGCCGGGAGAGAAGGGCCAGCCGGGCUUCCCCGGCCUGGACGGAGAAAAGGGCGAACCGGGACCGCAGGGACCGAGCGGCCUACCGGGCAUACCCGGUCGGGACGGCUCAAAGGGAGAUGCCGGUCGGCCCGGUCAGCCAGGCCCUCCAGGCAUCAAGGGCGAGCGUGGCCUGCGCGGUGUCAAGGGCGCCAUCGGCGAGCCCGGCUUCCCGGGCUUGCCGGGACCGAUCGGACCUGCCGGAGACAAGGGCGACCGCGGCUUCCCGGGCGCGCCGGGCCUCAGCGGCCUGGACGGCGUACCCGGACAAAAGGGCGAGACUGGACCGAUGGGCCUCGAGGGCCUGCCCGGCUACGGCGUCAAGGGCGAGAAGGGUCUGCCGGGCCGUCCCGGCAACAACGGCAGGCCAGGACCCGAAGGUCCGCCCGGACCCAAGGGCGACAAGGGCUUCGACGGCCUGCCGGGCCUGCGCGGCAACCCCGGCCAGCCGGGGCCGCCGGGACCGUUCGGCGACAAGGGCGAGCCCGGCCUGCCGGGUGUGCCGGGCCUUGACGGCGAGGACGGCCUGCCCGGCCCGCCGGGCUUCUCCGGACCGCCGGGAGCCCCCGGCCCCAAGGGCGACCGCGGUACCCCCGGACAGCCGGGCGCCAACGGACUCAAGGGAGAGCCUGGACUGCCAGGGACGGACGGACGGGACGGUCUGCCGGGCUUGCCUGGUAUGAAGGGAGACCCCGGCUCGCCGGGCCUGCCCGGCCAGCCAGGAACGCCCGGCCAGCGCGGUGACGACGGCCUGCCCGGCCCGCCGGGUCCCAUCGGACCGCCCGGCCUCGACGGCAUGAAGGGAGAGCCGGCGCUGGACGGCCUGCCCGGACAGAAGGGCGAGCCUGGACCGCGCGGUCUGCCCGGCAGAGAGGGUCUGCCGGGCCCGCCGGGUCAGGAAGGCCCGGCCGGCCUGCCCGGACCCAAGGGCGACCGGGGCCGCAACGGCCGCGACGGCCUGCCGGGUCUGCCCGGACCGCCAGGCAUGAAGGGAGACCGUGGACUCGACGGACUCUCAGGAAUCCAGGGCAACAGAGGCCCGCCGGGACCCAAGGGCAACCAGGGCCGUCCGUGCUCGGCCGCGGCCGAUUACCUGACGGGCAUCCUGCUGGUGCGACAUAGCCAGACGACCACCGUGCCCCAGUGUGAGCCGGGCCACACCAAACUGUGGGACGGCUACUCACUGCUCUACAUCGAGGGCAACGAGAAGGCCCACCACCAGGACCUCGGUUUCGCCGGCUCCUGCGUGCGCCGAUUCAGCACGAUGCCAUUCAUGUUCUGCGAUAUGAAUAACGUCUGUAACUACGCCAGCCGUAACGACAAGUCGUACUGGCUGUCGACGAACGCACCUAUCCCGAUGAUGCCCGUGGCCGACACGGCUAUCCGCCAGUACAUCUCUAGGUGUGUGGUGUGCGAGGCGCCGGCUAACGUGAUCGCCGUGCACAGCCAGUCGCUCAACAUCCCCGACUGCCCCGCCGGAUGGAGCGGACUCUGGAUCGGAUUCUCGUUCGCCAUGCACACGGCCGCCGGAGCAGAGGGCGGCGGCCAGUCGCUCUCGUCACCUGGCUCCUGUCUGGAGGACUUCCGCGCCACGCCGUUCAUCGAGUGUAACGGCGCGCGCGGCACGUGCCACUACUUCGCCAACAAGUUCUCCUUCUGGCUGGCCACCAUCAACGACCCGGAUCAGUUCAACCGGCCGCGCAGCGAGACGCUCAAGUCCGGAAACCUGCGCUCGCGAGUCUCGCGCUGCCAUGUCUGCAUCAAGAUCACCUAGAUCUUCUUGUGAUAUUUUCUAGUGACAGUGGUCUUGAUGUGGGCUGUACAAAACAGCGCCUGUGCGGGCCGCGCCGGCCCAGAUAAACGCUGAACCAUGGUGCUAUUUGUAGUCUGUCCGCAGCCCCCGCGGCGGCGGCACAGUGUCGUUCACUGCCAGACUGGUGCGCGCGCGCGGCGGGCAGAGCUCGGCCGCGGCGCUGGGCGCGCGCCGCUCCACACUGCGGCGCUCGCCACCUCAACACGAGCUUAUGUAUCUGUUCAACACUGCCAGUUCGAAAAUUGACGAGUCAAAUCAGCGAACGCUUAGAGAGCCGCGCGGUGCCGGUGUAGUCGGUAAUAAUUGAGCUGCGCGCCAGUGAGUGAGCCGAGACGGACGCGGCACUAAUCCGAAGAGCGGGUCCGAGCGGGAAGCGGGUGACGGUUGCUGGUUCGUAACAACCUGAUCUGUCGAGCUUGUAUCAUUCAGAUUAAUAAACACGGUCAAAUUC